AUUAGAUUACGACAUUCUAGUUUUUGAUUAAAGACCCUUUAAUCCCAUUGACUUCAGCAAGUCGCGCGCACACCUCUUUUCUCCAGACAAAAAGAGCAGAAGCAACAGGAGAAGGAGAGAGACACAAAAGAGAUGAGUUCACACUCCUCCAUACAAGAAGCUUGCUUUAAUGUCUGCUGCUCAUCACCAUUCUCAUCUCACUCCAUGACUCAGGAACAAGAAGAAGAAGAGCUCGAGUUCUCAGUAAUCGCACCCGGAGGUUCGUUUCUAACAAGAGACAUCAAAUUCACUAGCCAAGAAUCUCUCCCUCCUCUCCGCACAUCUUUCUACGACCUCAUCACAGCUUUUCCUGAUUACUUGCAGACGAAUCAAGCCGAUCAUAUCCGAUCUACAGAGUACCAAAACCUCUCGUGCUCCUCUCGCCACGUGUUGUUAUCCCACACAAGCCAGCAACAGCCCUUGUUCUCAUACUCACAGUUCCGGCAACUCUCUGGUCUGAAUAACUCUCUCUUUACCUUGUCUUGCACGCAAGCGAGCUCCGGUGAAGAAAUGUUAUCACUCGCGAGAGAAGAAUCUCAGUUUCAGACGAGGAUGAGGAAGAGAAUCAUGAGUUUUAUGAAUCUUGAAGAAUCUGAAUAUGACAUGAUCCUAACUCAAGACCGCUCCUCUGCUUUCAAGACCGUAGCGGAGCUCUACUGUUUCAGAACGAACCCGAAUCUCCUCACUGUCUACAACUACGAAGACGAAGCAGUGGAAGGCAUGAUCAGAAUCUCGGAGAAGAAGGGUGUCAAGCCCAAAUCAGCCGAGUUCUCGUGGCCGAGCACUGAGCUAGUGUCUGAGAAGCUGAAGAGGACGAUCUUGAGGAGUAAGAGAAGAAGAGACAAAAGAGGACUCUUUGUGUUUCCACUUCAGUCUCUCGUAACAGGAGCUUCGUAUUCUUACUCGUGGAUGAGUUUAGCUCAAGAGAACCAAUGGCAUGUGUUGCUUGAUACCUCUGCUUUGGGUUCUAAAGACAUGGACACUUUAGGUCUUUCUCUGUUCCGACCAGAUUUUUUGAUAUGUUCUUUUACUGAGGUUUUAGGGCAUGAUGAUGAUCUUACUGGUUUCGGUUGCUUGUUCGUCAAGAAAUCUAGCUCUCAAGCUUUGUCAGAAGCAUCAGAAGGCAUCACUGAUCCUGCAAAUCUCACGGUAGUAAAAGCAGAGCAAUCUUGGAUAACAAAAAAUGACGAAACUACCCUUGAGGACCACAACAAGGCGUCCACGUCUGCCACUGAAAUCGAGGAAGACGACAAAGCAAUAAUUGAGUUUCGUGGUUUAGAUCACGCAGACUCUCUGGGGCUGAUACUGAUCACUCGAAGGUUAAAGUCUUUGACUUUAUGGUUGGUCCGAGCGCUGACGUGUCUGAAACAUCCAGGCUCUCAUCAAACAGAGACGCCUCUGGUGAAAAUCUGCGGACCGAGGAAGAGACCGGACCGAGGAGCGUCGGUUUCGUUCAACGUUUUCGAUUGGCAGGGAGAGAAAGUCGAUCCUUUGAUGGUGGAGAGGCUGGCGGAGAGGGAGAAGGUCGGUUUGCGAUGCGCGUAUUUGCAGAAGAUUGGUAGCGUGCGAAACAAGAAACGAAGAGAUGGACAGAGUAUGAGUUUGAGAGUGUCAGUGGUGAGUGUUAGGUUAGGGUUUAUGACGAACUUUGAUGAUGUUUUUAGGGUUUGGGGGUUUGUGUCGAGGUUCUUGGAUGCGGAUUUUGUUGAGAAAGAGAAGUGGAGAAAGAAAGCUCUUGAGACAAAAAAAACAAACAAACAAAUGACAGGCGUAAUAGUUUGAGAGCCUUUUGAUCUAAAUCC